AUGUAUCACUCUGAAGCAAAAACUAAAAGAAUUGUAUUCAAAGGUGAAUUAGGAGUAUUUAAUAGAUUACAAUCAAUUUAUCAUGAUUCAAAUUUUGUAGAAAAAGUUAGAGAAUCAUUAUAUAAAGGUUUACCAUUAAUAGCCAAUUUAAGAUGUGGGCUAUGGUAUAGUGAAAAGUUUGAUGCAAAAGUUUAUUUCAAAUCUACAGAUGGUCAUUAUGGUAAUUGGAGUUUCAGUACAAAUAGAUUAAACCUUCAUCUAUUAGAUAUAGUAAAUAAAUUCAAUGGUGCAAUAAUUGUUGAUUCAACUAGAAAAGGUAAAAAAUUUCCAGACUCUUUCUCUAGAACUAUUCCAAUUUGGACUUGUGUAAUUAAUAGAGUUUUAUUAAUUUUAAAAAAGCAACAACAACAAAAGCAACAACAAGAAGAAGAAGAGAUUGAAUGGGAUACGGAAUUAAAUAUGCCAGGAUGGGUUAGUGAUAGUGAAAAGGAUCAAGUUGAAAAUAAAGUUGUAAAUAAAUUUGUAAAUCAAUUAUUAGAGUGUGGAGCUGAUUUAAGUGGAUUUUGUAAAAGUGUUAAAAAACCAUUAAGACCAAUUUGGAUUUGUGUAGAGUCAAUAUUACAAUGGUCAGAUUCAAUUGUGAAUCCGGAGGAAUUAAAAUUUCAUCCAUUAUAUUUAGUAUCAUGUUCUGAUAAUAGAAGAGAGGGUCAUCCAUCAUAUCGUCAAUAUGUUCAAGGUGCUGGUGAUGAUGAAGAACAAUGGUCUUUUGGUUUAACUCCACAAUUAUUUUGGUCAAAUCAUAAAGAAAUUUUAGCACAAAAUAGAGAUUACAUUGAAGAUUAUAUUUCACAAUUAUUAUUAGAUUCAAAAAUUAAUUCAAUUGAAAUUGUUGAUGAAAUUAGUAAUGAAAAUGAUGAUAAUAAUAGUAAUAAUAAUAAUAAUAUUAAUAAUAAUAAUAUUGAUUUUGGAGAAAUUGAUAAAGUUGGUGAAACUAAUUUCUAUAUUAGUGAUUCUUUAAAAUGUUUAAAUAAUAAAAUUUGGAAUAAAUUUGAUAUUAUUUUAAAUUGUUCAGAAAUUAUUUAUAAAGGAAUUGUAAAUGAAGAAGAAGGAAAAGAUCAAGUUAGAAAAUCAAAUUAUUUACAUUUACCAAUUAGAGAAGGUAAAAUUGGUAAAAAUGAUUUAUUUAAUCAAUUACAACAAGCAGAAGAUUUCAUUAUUAAAAAAUUAAUUGAAAAUCCAAAUUAUAAAAUAUUAAUUCAUUCAACUACUGGUAAAGCAAAUUGUGUUUCAAUUAUAAUGGCAAUAAUUACAAAAUACUUUUUAAAAUAUAAUAAUAAUAAUAAUAAUAAUAAUAAUAAUAAUAAUAAUAAUAAUAAUAAUAAUAAUAAUAAUAAUAAUAAAAAUGGAAAGGAUAAUAAUUCUGAAGAUGAUGAUAAUGAUGAUGAAGAAAUUAAUGAAAGUAAUUUUUAUUUUAAAUUUUCAAAUUCACCAAAAUUUAAAGUUGAAAAAAUUGAUAUAAAAAUAUCUUAUUUAUUCAUUGAAAAAUAUUGUUCUCAGUCACUUCCAUGUAAAUCAAUGAGAUUGGCUGUAAACAAACAUUUAAUGUCACCAAAACCAAGUUUGGUUUAUAAAGGUUAUUUAAAAGAAAAUAAAAAAUAA